AUGACAAGACUGUUCUCGUUAGACCUUGGCGGUUCGAGAGCCCUCACAGGUCGCGUCUCCAUUCCCAAUCCGCUCCAAACGUCAGGAACAUCUCGACCGGUACCCCUCCUUGUCUGCAUCCACGGAGGAAGCUAUGACUCGGAGUAUUUCGAUAUUGACUCUAAACAUUCCAUAUUUGAGCUCGGCAGAUCUCUCCGAAUUCCUGUUGUUGCCAUCGACCGGCCAGGCUAUGGUGGGAGCACGGCUUACCCUGACCUCAAGAAUGAAGAUAUUGAAGAACGUGGUACCACAUUCUCCAAUGAGCAAGGUAAAUACCUCGACUCGAUUGUUUUCCCAGCAUUAUGGAAGGAAUUUGGACCAAGCUCCGGUGCAGCGAGCAUGGUUGUAUUUCCGCAUUCCAUCGGGGGCAUGGUGGCUAUCAUCGCGGCGGCAAUGUAUGCCAAUAAUGAUGGAAAGAAGCAAUAUCCCCUGACAGGGCUGAUAGUAUCUGGUAUUGGAUGCAAGAGUCAUAUGCAUGAAUCGCCGGACUCUAAUCAAAGGAGUAGCGAGAACAACAAUGGGAACAGAGAGAGCCUGCACACUGAUGAACAGCAAACGCAUAUGCGGUUCAAUCCUAUUCCAUCAUAUACAGAAGCCCUUAACAAGCCGGUUCCCCUGGGUGAACUACACGAUAUCCGCACAACGUGGCAGAACUACUGGGUCUCGUACGCCGAGCAGAUUACUGUACCUUUUCUGUAUGGGGUAGGUGACCAUGACGGCUUCUGGGAUUCAUCGGAAGAAGGCAUCGCGCAGUUUACCGAUGUGUUCCGAACCAGCAGUCCCAGGGUUCAGAGUGUAGUGGUCCCUAUGGCACCUCAUUGCGUGGAGAUGAGUUGCAAGGAACGGCGUGGUUAUUACGCUGUUUGGGAUUUGCUAUUGAAUGUACUAUUGCUCAGAGAUCAGGGCAACGGGCUGGCGAUUGUUCAUAAAGCCGACCCACUAUACUGUAAGCUGUGUAAUGAGGAUCGUGGAUAA